AUGCGCCUUGGCACCACGCCCCUCGUUCUCCUCCCCCUCCUCGUCCCCCUCGUCUGGGGCAAGCAGGCAUCCCACGCCGACAUCAUGGCCGACGCGCCGCCGGGCAUGAUACCGUACACCUACUACCAGCCGGAGCUCAUCGACCAGUACAGCAAAAACGCCGUUGCGGUCCGAGGAAAGCCGUACGAGCGUUUCUUCACGCGCAACCUGUACGUGCGUCCGUCGAUGGUGGAGCCGAGUCGGAGCCCGAUCUGCUGCGAGACGCAGGCGCUGCAGCCGGACCUGUCGGACCUCGACACGAUCCUCGUCCCCGCCUCGACGACGCUGCAGCACGAAGACGCAUGGUGCGCCUACAACCAGUCGGGGGCCGGGUACGUUUCGUCGCGCACCUACUUUCCCGGUGCGACGGCCGACAUGGUGCAGUGGUGGAUGUGGUGGCAUUCCGGCGAGUCGGAGCGGUACAUGCUCUGGCACCCGUACGCCCACGUCUCGAUUUCGUCGUCGGCCAGCGCGACGUUUGACAACCCGCUCUUCGACGAUAAACAGAAGCUCUACGGCAGCGUGCACACCAUCCGCGAAAUCAUCGGGGACACGCAGGAGGACAUUGCCAUCCACUGGUUCCCGCCGGCCCACUUUGGUCUCGACGAGAGCCGCUUCGAGCAGGCGGGCGUCGUGGCGGAUGCGUGCGGCGAAAUCUACCUGGGUCCGCUCAAGGUCAUCGAUAUGAUCCACCUCUGGUACAAGUCGCCCGACGGAGACGGACUGGUGCUGCGCAGCCGCUACUUUCUCGCUAGCCGCGUCAGCCUCCUCGGUCUGCUGCCGCUCGACCCCAUCGCGAGCCCGCUCGGCAUCCAAAAGGCCUUUGUCGGUCGCCACAUUGCCAGCCUCCAGUUCGCACACGACCAGCAGGAGUUUACCCACCUCGGCGGAUUCCUGCCCCACAUCUACCGCCGCUUCGCUAAACCUCCCUCCAACGCCACCGCCACCGACACCGCCUCGUCCGACGGUCCCGUUGCCGUUGUCGCUGCCGCCUUGUCGGGCCUGGGGACCUUGUUCGACGGCGGCGCCUCGUCCAACGUCGAUGCCGCCCCGUCCAAGGGGGGCAUGGUGAAGAAGACCAAGAGACCGACGCCGGCGUAG